UACUAGUAAAGUAUAGUCACAUGCUUACACAUUAAAAUCAUCAUGGCAUGGUCAUAUCCAUCCUCCACCUCUUCAUCCAAUACUACUCCUCAAGAAAAACAUGAAGUGUUCAUUAGUUUUAGAAGUGAGGACACACGCAACACAUUCACAAGCCAUCUUAAUGGUGCUUUGAAAAGAUUAGACAUAAAAACCUACAUAGACAACAAUGUUAAUAGAGGGGAUGAAAUACCGACCACCCUUGUUAGGGCCAUGGCCAUCGAAGAAGCCGAGCUCUCUAUUAUUGUUUUUUCAAAAAAUUAUGCCGCGUCUAAAUGGUGCUUGGAAGAGCUUGUGAAAAUUCUUGAAUGUAAAAAGAUGAAAGGGAAAAUGGUAGUGCCCGUUUUCUUUGACAUUGAUCCUUCUAAUGUUAGGCACCAGAGGGAAAGCUAUGCUGAGGCUUUUGCUAAGCAUGAGAGGAACUUUGAGGAUGAGAUGAAGGUGCAAGAAUGGAGGAGUGGUUUGCUUGAAGCUUCUAACUAUACUGGUUGGGAUUGCAAUGUCAACAAGACAGAAUUGGAAAUAGUUGAGGAAAUUGCUAUGGAUGUACUUAACAAGCUGAAUCGAGUAUAUGUUAGCGACAUAGAUCAGCAGAUUGCUAAGUUACAGCAACUUGCAAAGCUCCAAUAUGAGUUCUAUGAAAGAGUACCAAACAUUGACGAAUACUACAAGUAUAAAGCAACUGAUCAACGUAUCGCAGAACUUAAUAUGGAGAGAAGUCUUCGCUUGCUUCGCUUGUCACCUGAUUUGCUUUCACAUUUAGAAUCAAAAGAUAACAACAUAUUUGGAUUUUCCUCUUCAAGAAGAAACAUAUUUGGAUUUUAAAAUUUAUGUACUAGAUCUAUGACAAAUCAAUUGUUGUUUAUUAGUUAUAUGAUGUUUUGUUUUGAUGAGCAUGAUGAUAAGAAUUCUUAAUAAAAUCAGUUUUUGCAAAGUGCAAAAAA